AUGGACGAGAUCAAGAGGAGACUGUUGAAUUAUAAGAACGUCCGUCCAGAAAAAGGAAAUAGUGAACAGUGGCUACGUGGCGUCGGUUGGGACCAAGCUCAUUUUGAAGGGAGGUGGCCGACUGCAGCUGAUUUGGAGAUAGAUGAGAGGUUUAAGGAUCUUUAUGUUAUGCUUGAUCGUGUUGAUGUUCACUGUAUCUGGGUAUCUGAAAAGGUGCUUGACCUUCUUCCGUCGUUCAGUAUACCUCCCGGCGGCGAAGUGCCGGCAAAGGGUGUCUUCUGCGACAAUGCCAUGGACAUCGUCCUGGAGUAUUACCCAAAGCCGACCAAAGCGCGCAAAACCGAGUUCAUUAAGACUGCGAUGGCAGAGUUGAACAAAUAUGGAAUUGUUGGGAUGCACGAUGCCGGCGUAGUGCCGGCAGAUUUGGAGCUAUACGAAGAGCUCGCGAACGACCCGGACUGGACUGUGAGAGUUAAUGCGAUGAUCGAAUGCGAUGUCCGAAACACGUUUUGUCCCGAGGCGGUCAGGAAAGUUUCGACUCCAAAUGGCCGAUUUCAUGUGAAGAGCGUCAAGCUUUUCGGAGAUGGGGCUUUGGGCUCCUGGGGCUCAGCUAUGAUUGAGCCGUACAGCGACAAACCGGAGUCCUCCGGCUCUUUACUUGUCAACGCGACUACGCUGUCGCGUGUGACAUAUGAUUGGGCCGUAAAGGCAGGGUACCAAGUUAAUAUUCAUGCUAUUGGGGAUCUUGCUAACAGGCUUGCGGUUGACGCGUUUGAAGCGGCGUUGAAACGCUUGUGCCCCCACGCUAACCUCCGCGACUGUCAAGCUAAACGUCGUUUCCGCAUCGAGCACGCCCAAAUCAUCCACCCAGAUGACCAGCGCAGGAUGUCAGAACUUGGUAUCAUUGCGUCAAUACAGCCCACGCACGCGACCUCGGACAUGGGUUAUGCGGAGAGCAGGCUUGGCCAGCAACGAACAAAAGAUGAGGCGUACCGAAUGCGGUCGCUCUUACCACUUCGUCCAGUCCUCGGUAGCGACUUCCCAGUCGAACCCGCGAGUAUCUUCGAGGGAAUGUAUGCGGCAAUCACGCGACGAAGUCCACGUACCGGACUGGACCCUAGCGGUGGCAAGGCUGGCUGGUAUCCCGAAGAGAGCCUCACUUUCGAACAAGCUUUAAAGGGUUUUACGGUAAACGCUGCAUAUGGUGCCUUCUUAGAAGGCAAAGCUGGUGUCAUCGAAGCGGGGGCGUAUGCUGACUGGGUUGUUCUCGACGAACAACUUGAAUCACUGGACCCAGAAGCAUUGAGGAAGGUGACAGUGAAAGAGACGUGGGUGGGCGGCAAGCGAGUCUAUUGA